GGAACAUUGGCGCCGUCGCAGCGCCCUUCUUGAGGUGGCUCUCGUGGCCGCUUGAAAAAUUCCGCUCGCGGGCGUCGGAGUCGUCAGAGAUAAAGAAGGUAAUAAGUAAGCAGAGAGAAGCAAGGGAAAAAUUGAUGCUGGCGCUCGCGGCCGUUUGAUGGAUGCCAAGGCACUGACGAGAUUGAAACAGGCAAAGAGGAAGUAGAGGAAAGCAAAGAGAACAAAACCCGAAGAUGGCGCUCGCGGCCGCUUAGAAAGCAGGGAAACUUGAAGAAUGGCACUCGUGGCCGCUUGAAGUAAGCCGCUCGCGGGCGUCGUCAGUAGCAACAAGAAAACAGAGCAAACGAAGGGUGCAAGAACCAAAGAAAAUCAACACAGUGUCUUCUAAGCCGCUCGCGGGCGCUCGAUGUCAAUGGCUCUUGAUGGCCACGGUCGGAGCCAUCGUAGGCGUCGACAAGAAAGUAAGGUCGCCAGAAACAAGCCACUCACGUACUCAAAGCCACAACAAAAGAAGAAGAAAACACAAGCUAAACUCAGCUGCAGAAGAUCUUCAUGCCGCUCGCAGGCGCUUGACGUCCAGGACUCUUGAGGCCCGCACCGAUGGUCGCAAAGAAAGAAAAAGAGAGAGAAUUAGACAACGAGAACUUAAUGUACCUUCGGCCCGUCGCGGGCGCUUCAGCCGCUCGCAGGCCACACCUCAAGAAUACGGCUAGGAUGCGCAAAGACGGAAGCAACACUCAGAUACCAACGUCAAUACACACACCAAAGUUAUCGAUGCUUCGGCCACUCGCGGGCGCUUGCUGCUAAGCUGUCGCCACUAGCCAACCUUGAUGACCCGUCGCGGGUGUCGACCUCUAAGUCAGCGAGUCAAAGCAGACGAACGCAUACAGCCAGCAGAACAUAGACACGCCACUCGCGGGCAUAGAAUCAAAGCCAGUCAGAAGCCGUCGUAGAUACCUUGCGCCUUGACCAGGUUGAGGAUGGGUGCCACCGAGAGUACUAGACGCG